CACGGGAAACAGCUUGCAGUCGAUCAGAGGACCGAGUUGAGAUUAAUAAAUAGAUUGGCUUUCAGCGUCGCUGUGUGAGCAAUUGUUAUCGUAUGGGUGUUUCCUGAUUGAAUACGUGAGGAUUUAGUAGGUUGGAAAAUGGAAUAUUAGUGUUCAAUAUACACUGUUAAAAAUCAGUAGAGUAGAGUAGAUAGAAAUAGUUUUUCCUGUUUAUUUCAUCGCUAUUAUCGGAAAUUGUAGCAUUUUGUUUUUUAUACAUAUAUGUGUACGGAUAUACUUCUUGGGUCUCACCUUUGUUAUUACUCGUAAUGGUAGAUGCCUUCUUCUGGAACUGAAGUUCAUUCCAUCAAUGAGGUGUGGACAAAGAAGCAUUUGACUUUACCAGUAAAAUCACUUUCAAAACCAGAUCUUGAAAUUGAAAAUAAAGAAGAUUUUGAUGAUUUACUACAUUUAAAAUGCAGGCUUAUAAAUACCGCAGGAAAUGAAAGGAGUGAAGUAGAUGUGAAGUUGCCAUAUGAGCGUCCUUUGAUCAACAGAAAAGGAUCACCCAUUUACAGUGUUGGUAAAAAAGAUAAGCCUACAUUAGAUGAAGUUUUAGGGAGCAUUCCAUUAGUUUAUAAUCCUUUUACGAAGCAACUUGAACUUGAAUCUCGUUCAGAUACUCUAAUAAAAAACACAAAGUGUUUUCCCUCUAGAAUCGGAAAUGGAACCUGUUUUCCAAUGGAUCGUGAUGGCUCCCUUGUACAGAGGGACCGCUGCAAAGCAGACAGACCCUUUAACGAGGACACAUCUGAAAACCGAUGUAAAACCAAGUUUUCUCACCGAGAAAAGACUGAAACGAUGGGUAGGGAAAUGGAAGAAACGGAAAAAGCCGACGUGAUGAAUGGUAGCGGUGAUGAUGCAUGUGCUGCAUCUGUGGAAAAUAAUGUUCCACACUCACCCACCGCAACAUCUUUGCAGCACACAGACACUUCAUCGUUUACAAGUAUGUCCUCCGUUGGUACAGAACAUUCUUUUGGUAUUGGGGAUUUGAAAACUAAGUCGAAUCCUUCUCUUUGUUAUUCCUGUGAUAAUUUACAAAGUUUGCCAGAUGAUUUGCACAAAGGAGCUAAACCAAAGAAAUGGGGUCUUUCAAAUUUAUUUCUGAAGUUGCCAUGGAAAUCAAAAUCACCCAUAGAAGAUGAAGAAGAACAAGAUCAAACUCAGCGUUGUCCAUCUGCUUGCUCUUCUAGUAGUCGUAGAAGUGAUGAAUGCAUUGCAACUUCUACAACAGCUCUCAUUUUAGAAAAUCGGCCACCGAAUCUGCCUGCAAAAUCUUUUGAGGAAGAAGCCAAGCAUAAACAACAGUAUGAAGAAAUGAUUCGUGGAGCUCGGAAAAAAGAAUUGCAAGAUGCAAAAUUUAGAAAAAAGCAAGCCUAUCAUCAACAAAAACUUGAAGAACAACUAAUUAAUGCUACUAAGACAUGGAAUGAAGAAAUUUUGCCUAGUUGGAAUUCUGUGAAAGAAAAUAGAAAAACAAGAGAUUUAUGGUGGAAGGGACUACCUCCAAGCAUACGAGGUCGUGUUUGGAAAUUAGCUAUUGGCAAUGAUUUAAAUAUAACUCAAGAAUUAUUUGAUAUUUGUACAGCUAGAUCAAAAGAGAAAAUAUGGGUUUCAACAGAUGUGAAAUCAUGUGAAAGCAGUGAAGAUACGGAUGAACCAAAUGAAAAUGCUGCUGAUUUCAUUAAGUUAGAUGUUUCUAGAACAUUCCCUCAGCUUGGAAUAUUUCAAGAGGGUGGGCCAUAUCACAAUACUCUGGAAGGCAUUUUAGGUGCAUAUGUGAUUUAUAGACCAGAUAUUGGAUAUGUACAGGGAAUGUCCUUUUUAGCUGCCAUGUUACUUCUGAAUUUGGAUGCUGUUGAUUCCUUCAUUUGCUUUUGUAACUUGCUUAAUCGACAAUGCCAGCUUGCCUUUUUUAGGAUUGAACAGAAAAUGAUGACAGUGUAUUACUCUGUGUAUGAGGAAUAUUUCAAAGAGAACCUACCGAAACUUUUCAAUGUUUUUGCAAAGCAAAAUCUGAGUCCAGAUCUUUAUUUAGUUGAUUGGCUAUAUACAUUGUACAGUAAAUCGUUGCCAUUAGAUGUUGCUUGCAGAGUGUGGGAUGUUUAUCUCAGGGAUGGUGAAGAAUUUUUGGUUAAGACAGCAUUAGGUAUCCUGAAAAUGUAUGAAGACAUAUUAUUAGAAAUGGAUUUUAUUCACCUUGCACAGUUUCUUACGAAGCUUCCUGAAGACAUAGAUGCUGAAAAACUUUUCCAAUCUAUUAGUGCCAUCCGUAUGACUGUAAAUAAAAAAUCUUUUUCUUUCGUUUUACAACAACACAUUGACAGUUUGUCAAAUAGAUAGUAAAAUCAUGUGUCUAUACUUCAUCAUUUAGGCAUAUGAAUAAAAUGACUACUGCUUGAAAAUGUGAAGUGUAAGUGUUUGAAUAGUGACAUAUUUAACUUUCAAGUUUUCAAUUACAAUAUGUGAGUAACUUUGAUUACAAGUGAUUUUAUAAAUCUUCAGUUUCUGUUAUGAUUGAAUGUAAUAAUUUUUCUUAUGCAUUUAGUUACUACUUAGAACAAGCAUUUCAUUCUUUAUUGUAUACUGGUUUCAUUUAAUGAUUGAUAGUGAGUGGAUAUAUUUUUGUAUUUGGCCUGCUGGAGAAUUUUUUGAUAGAAUUUCUGUCAUGUCUAGUAAUAGAGAAAUGUAUUUCUUAAUGUGAAAUAUUUCUUUUAUUGACAUAUCUUGAAUGUACUGUUUGCAUGUUUGUAUUUAUUUUAUAAAAACUAAUGCUAAGAAGUGAGCAGGAUUAAUUGUAUGAAGUAUAAUGAUACAUCUGUCUCAAUUAUGAAUUGUAGAGUAAAACACUGUAUGCUAAUUAAGCAUUUUUUGUAUAUAUCUAUAUCUAUUUCAUUACUUGAAAAUGUAAUUUUAUUUUUCAAAAUUGUUUAAAUUCCUUGUGCAUGGAUUUCCAAAUUAAUACUUAAAAAUCUUGAAAUAGCACAUUAUAUUUAGAAAUUAAUAUCUACAGUUUAAAACACCAACUUUUGAAUAAUUAAGAUUAUUUCUGCUGAAAAAAUUGUAUCUUGCAAAAAUAUUCAAAGCAUUCAAAUAAUUUAUACUAUCCAUAAUUGCUUUUGAUUCAUCAGUGGUAUGAUUUUAAAUAUAGAAUAAUUUUCUAUUGUUUUUAAUCAUGCAAAUAAAAUGUUGAAAACUAGAAUGGAACACUUUAGUUUUUGUUAUAUUGAGUAACUGAAUGUGACAUCUCAUUGUUGAAAUGAAAAACAUCUUCUGUUCAAGCCAGACUAGAUCAAGAAUUAUAAUUGCCUUAUUCUAGAAAGCAACAGUUGGCAAUAAUAUUUAUAAAAUAUGAAUGCUAAUUAAAUUAAGUGAAAAUGUUGGCAGGUUUUAUCAUCUAAUUAGGAGAUGUUUUUGAUUUUAUUUCUUGAGUAACAUUAUAAAGUUAGGAAAUUUACUGUUUGUAAGCAUUAAUGGUCAGGUUUAUUUAAAAUGCCAGUUUAUGGUUGUAUGAAAAAAAAAAAAAAAUGCAAUUUUAAAUUGAAACUUUUUAGUAAUAACUUAUUCAAUCUCUCAUAAUUAACUGCUUAAAAAUUAAAACCUUGUAGAUAGUUUGGAGCAGAUAAAUCAGUUCAAACUUAAUUUUUUAAGAAAUAUUCUUCAAGGAAGAGAAUAUUUGCAUUUUAAUUUAUAUAAUAUUUGGAGACUUUUUUUUCAUAAAAUAAAGCAAUUAUUUUUAUAACUAAAAUUUUAAGUUUGAAAGACUUUUGAGCAUUUUAUCAAGGGAUUCCUGUAGUGCAUAAAAAUUACUUAAAAGGAAUGUAACUUUUAUCAUAUCAAAGUAAAACCUGUCUUUUUUUUAAAAAAAUUUCAAAACAUGCAACAUUAAAAAAUUCUCUUGAUAUUGUCAGACUGUUGACUUACUCUUUGAAAAACGAAAAGCUAUUUUUAUUAACUGAAUAUCGCCUUCUUUAAUUCUAAGAAAGGCUUGAUAUUUUGUUAAUAUUAUAUUUGCUUAUAUUGAAUACAUUUUUUUUUUAAUCUUACACACAAUUGUUGGGAAAUAUUUCUAUUUCCAGGAAAAUAUAAAAUAAUUUAGCUAUAACAGAUUAAAUUUAAAAUAGAAUGUAUAUUUAAUUUGCAAAAAAUGUGCAUCAAUUCAUUUCUUAAUUGUUUUUUGUG